AUGAAAGGCGAAUUAUCCCCAAUUAUGCAACAAAUGAAAACUAUUCAACGUUAUUAUCGACCAACUCCAUGGCUAGUUAAUAACUACCAACAUACUCUUUACGGAAUGCGUGAUAGACCACGUCCAAAUGACGAAUGUGUUCGCGAGCCAUUCAAAUUUUCUGACGGUGGAAGUACAUUUUUAGAUUGGUUCAAUCCAAAGACAAUUGCUGACAAAAUGCCGAUAGUUGUGAUAUGCCAUACUUACUGUGGAGGCACAAGAGAACCAUGUGUAUCAAAUCUUUUAUCAAUAGUAGCAAAUCAUGGUUGGAGAGCUGUUGUUGCGAAUGCAAGAGGCUGCUCUGGUGCGAAAUUUACAGGAAGCGCAAAAUUUUAUAAUAAUUACGAUAUUACCGAUCUUCAAGAGAUAAUUGAACAUAUUCGUCCACAAGCGUCACAUAUAUUCUUGAUUGGAUACUCGUAUGGCUCUUGUUUAACAGCACAAUACUCAGCGAGAGAUGGCCGAGUAGAUGGAGUCAUUCUUGUUUCAAAUCCAUGCGAUAUGGAUCUCUGCAACAAGUGCUUAAAUGGAUAUAUCAUGAAGAAAUACUUCCUCUCAUUCAUUAUGUCUAAAUUACAUCAUUUGAUCAGCAAAAACCAAUUUGUUCCUGAAGAUCUUAGAGCAAAAGCUCAAAAAACAAAUUCUAUUGGCGAAUUUGAUGAUGUUUUUACAGUUUCAAGUCUUGGACUUAAAAAUCGAAAAGAAUUAUAUGAUUUAACUAACUUAAAAGGUUUAGUUCCUAAGAUGAAAGCACCAACAUUAUUUAUAGUUGCUGAUGAUGAUCCAUUUACUCGUCCAUAUAUGUUUCCAGUCAAAGAAAUCAACGAAUCCCAAAACAUGGCAAUUGUUCAUACCAAAGAAGGUGGACAUGUCUCUUUCUUGACUGGAUGGGAUGCUAAAGAGUCUUUCAUAGACCCAAUAAUCAUCGAAUACUUUUCAUUAAUUGAAAAGAAGAAAAAUGAAGGCAAUUAA